UGGGUUUUAGUGCCUCUGAACUUUCUCAUGUUCAAUUUUCUUUCUUCCAGACGCGGCUACUAUGGAACAUGCAAAUGGCACUGGUACUUUACUCGGGGAUUCACAGUGAUGCUCUUUACUUUUUUGCCAUUCUCCUUAGCCGGCAUCAUCAUGUCCAGAAAUUGGAGGCUCUCUGGGCUUAUAGCCUGGGUUUUAGUACUUUAAAGUGUACUUGGCCACAAAGAAUUCAGAUUUGUUCUCCCUGUGAUUCCAAUGACCUUGAUAUUCUCGGGAUUUUCUGUAGCUGCAAUAGCGACAUGCUACAGUUCUGAUAUCAAGACCGCAGAAGCUUUGAAACAUCACACAAAAUGCCCCUCGAGAAUGCGAUGGGCCAUGCUUCUUGCUUGCAAGUAGCAUCCCUAUGGCCUUGUACAUGAACUUAUUUCAUCAGGUUCGCCAGAUUUUUUCUGCCUUUGGUUAAAAAAACUGUGAUGCUUCUGGUUUCAUUUGACAAUUUCUUUAUCCUGUUACAUUGUGUACAUUGGAGUGGUGGAAUGUCUCUGUUAACUAGGGCCUUUUUCGUUAUUCAUCAUUACAUGUUUGUUGGAACUUUUCUUGUUUAAUAUCUGAGAACUUUGGUACGCUGGACACAGAGGAUCUGAGGAUGUGAUGAACUUUCUUUCAAGAGAAGCUGCAAAAGAUAGAGUGAAGAGUAUCCUUUUCCUUAUGCCCUGCCAUGCUACACCUUGCUAUUCAACCCUUCAUCGGGACCUGCCCAUGUGUUUCUUGGACUGCUUACCAAGUGAAGAGAGGGGUGUUCCAGAUGAGUCAGACCAUUUUACGAUGGAUCCUGUGGGGUUUACCGAAGAGCUUGCAAAUGAUUGGGCACCUCUGAGUCACAUAGUGUUAUUCGAAUCAGAAGAAAGAGCGUUGAGAGAAUUUUUGCUGUUGCAUUCUUUCAAAGAGGUCAAGGGAUUCUUCCUUGCUCACUUCAAGGUGGCUUGCGACCUUCAAUCAUCAGUGGUUGUCUAUGCUUUGACAGGGUCAAUGAGAUAUGUGCUCAUGGCUUUGUUAUUCGAGCUUUCUGCAAGAACAUCAUUAGCAUCCCAAGGUUAUAGGCAGGUCCUGCUUUCUCUACUGCAGAAGCUGCCUGAGGAUCCUAUUGUUCUUGAUCAUGCCAUGUUACGUGCAAGUGCAACCUCUUCCUGCUGA